CGCUUCUACCGCCUCAGCGCCCACCUCGACGGGCCCACCUACGCCACCUGCGCCGGGCACCUGCAGGACCUGCUCUGCCAGGAAUGCUCUCCAUAUGCAGCGCACUUGUACGACGCCGAGGAUCCCUCCACCCCCGUGCGAACGAUACCGGGGCUUUGCCAAGACUAUUGCCUGCAAGUGUGGCAAAAAUGCCGCUCCAUUUUCCGCUACCUCUCUGCAGACCAAGAGUUAAUGGCGCUGGAGAACAACGUGGCAAAAUUCUGCCGCUACCUGUCCUUGGAGGACACAGACUACUGCUUUCCACACCUUUUGGCCAACCAGAACCUUAACCAAAACCUGGGCCUGGUGACCGCCGACGCGGAGGGCUGUCUGCAGCUCUGCCUCUUGGAGGUCGCCAACGGGCUGCGCAAUCCCGUUGCGAUGGUGCACGCCAACGACGGCACCCACAGGUUCUUCGUCGCGGAGCAGGUUGGCCUGGUGUGGACCUACCUCCCCGAUCGAUCCAGGCUGGAAAAGCCCUUUCUGAACAUCAGCCAAGCCGUGCUUACCUCACCUUGGGAAGGAGACGAGAGAGGUUUUCUAGGUAUUGUCUUCCAUCCUAAAUUCAAAUUUAAUGGUAAAGUGUAUGUCUACUAUUCGGUUGAAGUUCGUUAUGAAGAGAGAAUCCGAAUCAGUGAGUUCAGAAUUUCUCCUGCUGACAUGAAUACAUUGGACCAUGGUUCUGAAAGGAUAAUCCUGGAAAUAGAAGAACCCGCGUCCAACCACAACGGAGGAGAGCUGCUCUUUGGAGACGAUGGGUAUCUGUACAUCUUUACUGGAGACGGAGGCAUGGCUGGGGAUCCUUUUGGGACCUUCGGAAACGCCCAGAACAAAUCAGCGCUGCUGGGCAAAGUGCUGCGGAUCGACGUGAACAACAACGACCGCGGGCCCCUGUACCGAAUCCCUCCCGACAACCCUUUUCUCGACGACCCUACGGCUCGCCCCGAAGUCUACGCCUACGGAGUGAGGAAUAUGUGGCGCUGCUCUUUCGACAGGGGCGAGCCCCAAACCAAGGAAGGGAAAGGGCGGCUCUUCUGCGGAGACGUGGGGCAGAAUAAAUAUGAAGAAAUCGACAUCGUCGAGAAAGGGAAGAAUUACGGCUGGAGGGCGAGGGAGGGGUUCAGCUGCUACGACAAAAAGCUUUGCGCCAACUCUUCAAUGG